AUGCCUAUUCAUUCAAAAGUUCAACUAAGAAAUAUGGCCGAGAUAGUAUUACCUUGGUUUGUUCUAGGUCCUGGAUGUGUUUUAUCAGUUGAAAUUUGCAAAGAAAAGAUGGUUAUGACAGUUGAAGUUCCUCUGGAAAAACUUAGUAAUUCUCUUACCAAAAAUGAAAUUAAACAGAUCAGAGGAGGUCUUGGCGGAACAACUUAUCCGGAAGAAGAACGUGGUGAUGCCUACGAAGGUGUUGAUCUUACUCUUGGUACUGUAUGUAAGAGAGAAUCAACUAUUGAGAGACUACUUAAAUGCCUGCUUGAGAGUCGUAUUAUUCUAGUCCGGUCACCACCAAUGGCUGGCAAAACUACACUUGCACAACUAUUUGAGCAUAGUAUGCUCCAAUCAGUUCUGCAAGUGUUAUCACUAGCGGUCCUUCUUCGUAAUCUUCCUGUUUCUUGGUGUCCAGAAGGAUUUGAAGAGCUUAUGAAUGUGAUUUGGGAUGAAUUUCUCAAACAAUGUGGUGAUUCGUUUAAACGCACACUACAAUCCUCAAGGCUUUAUAUUAUAGCAUUUGCUUCAUAUGGGCAUUAUGGUGCCUAUACUACUCGUGGAGAUCAUACAAUUAUGAAUAUUUCACCAUGCUUUCUUCAAAAAAGCAACACGCGGGAAUUUGAAAACGUUCAUUUUACCAGAGAAGAAUUUAAUAGUUACUUUAAUAACUUUUCUCUCCGUCCCGGUUUAGUUGCCUUUACCAUGAACCAAAUUCAUAUGAAAUUUGUCAAACAUACUUUUGAGUAUUUGACGUUUGCAAAAAUUUUUGUUUAUCGUAAAACUCAUGAUUUUAAUGAUCAUUUCAAGAAUAUUCGUGCAAUGCCAAAAAUUACUGAUAUGUCAAAUGAAGAAAAGAAAAUUGCCGAUACUACAAAUAUUCUUGUUGAUACUAGUUCUGUUUCAAGUAUUUCAACCCUUAACUUUCCAGCACCAUUGCUUCGAGCAACAUAUCUUCAAGAUCGGUUUGGUAAUGAUCUUGAACGUGUAGAAUUCUACCGUGCAUCAAAUGCAGUCAUGUGA